AUUUUCUUGGAAACCAAGCAGCUAUCUUUCUUUCUUCCUUCCUGCUCUUCUUUUCAUUCCUCUCCCAACCAGAACAACAUGGAAAUAGAGGCAAGGAGAGAUCAGAAUUGCAGCAACAAGAGCAGCAAGACCAACAAUGAUGGCAUUAGUGGUGCAGAAGACACAGGCUAUGUAGAUUGGAAGGGCAGACCUUCCAACCCUCACAAACAUGGUGGAAUGAGAGCUGCAUCCUUUGUUCUUGGGCUGCAGGCAUUUGAGAUCAUGGCGAUAGCGGCCGUAGGGAACAAUCUGAUAACAUACGUGAUGAACGAGAUGCACUUCUCGCUGUCCGAGUCGGCCAACAUCGUCACCAACUUCGUCGGGACGGUGUUCAUCCUGGCGCUCCUUGGUGGCUACCUCUCUGACUCUUAUCUCGGCUGUUUCUGGACCAUGCUCAUCUUUGGCUUCGUUGAGCUUUCUGGAUUCAUCUUGCUGUCAGUCCAGGCUCAUGUUCCACAACUGAAGCCACCCAAGUGCAACAACAACACUAGUGGAGGAGGCAUGGAGCACUAUGAUUGUGAGGAGGCAAAAGGGUUCAAGGCAUUAAUCUUCUUUGUGGCCCUCUACUUAGUGGCAUUAGGGAGUGGAUGUGUUAAACCAAACAUGAUUGCACAUGGGGCAGACCAAUUCCAGUUCCAUCAUAAUCACAAUCAUAAUCAAGAUCAAGAUAAUCGUAAUCAUCAUCAAGUCACCAAAAAGAAGCAUCAGGAUCACCAGUCCAAGCAGCUCUCCACUUACUUCAACUCUGCCUACUUCGCCUUCUCAAUGGGUGAACUUGUAGCUCUCACCCUCCUCGUUUGGGUCCAAACCCACUCUGGCAUGGACGUUGGCUUUGGCGUCUCGGCUGCUGUCAUGGCCAUGGGCUUGAUCUCCUUGGUCUCUGGCACCCUUUUCUACAGGAACAAGCCCCCUCAACGCACCAUCUUAACACCCAUUGCCCAAGUGUUUGUGGCUGCUUUCUUGAAGCGAAAUCAGAUCUCUCCAUCCACCCAACAAAACACGACAACCACCAACAACGUUGUCCACGCACAAAGAUUCAGGUUCCUCGACAAGGCCUCCAUGAGAAGCACCGAAGACAACGGAACAAGUCGUGAGAGCCCAUGGCGGCUAUGCACCACGAGCCAAGUGCAACAAGUGAAGAUCCUCAUCUCCGUCAUCCCAAUCUUCGCGUGCACCAUCGUCUUCAACACCAUCCUCGCCCAGCUCCAGACCUUCUCCGUCCAACAAGGCCGCGCCAUGGACACAAAGCUCACCCCUUCCUUCGACAUCCCGCCAGCUUCCCUCCAAGCCAUCCCUUACGUCAUCCUCAUCGUCCUCGUCCCUCUCUACGACGCCGUAUUCGUCCCCGCAGCCAGAAAGCUCACCGGCCACGAGUCGGGCAUCACCCCGUUGCAAAGAAUCGGGUCGGGCCUCUUCCUCGCCACGUUCUCCAUGGUGGCGGCCGCCGCCAUGGAGAACAAGAGGAGGGAAGCAGCGGUUGAGGACAACGUCAGGAUCUCGAUAUUUUGGAUCACGCCGCAGUUCCUCGUAUUCGGUCUGUCCGAGAUGUUGACCGCCGUAGGUCUCAUCGAGUUCUUCUACAAGCAGUCGCUCAAAGGGAUGCAGUCGUUCUUGACCGCGAUUACCUACUGCUCGUACUCGUUCGGGUUUUACCUAAGCUCGGUUCUGGUCUCGUCGGUCAACAAGAUCACCUCGAGGUAUUCUUCUUCGGGUCAUGGUUGGCUCGGUGACAAUGACCUUAAUAACGAUAGGUUGGAUCUUUUCUACUGGAUGCUGGCGGUGUUGAGCUUCCUCAACUUUCUCAACUAUCUCUUUUGGGCGAAUUGGUACUCUCCUUGUGAUGACAACAAAGGUGAAGAUCAUAUGGGUGGUGAUGAUGAAGCCAUACCCUAGAAGAAGGGUUUGGAGGACCAAUGAGAAUGAGACAGCUAGCCCUAGCUGGCUUAUUAAUGAUGGUUACUAUAUUGAGUGGUUGUACUUUUUCUUGACACAUGAAGUAGCUACGUGUAUGGUAUGUUUUUACUAGGGUUUGUAACAUAAUGUUAUGGGUAGCUAAUAGGGUGGUGACAAUUAUUGGUGGUGGAAGGGAAAAUCUCGCUUCCAUUAUUAAGAUUGUUUAUUAUGGUCGAUCGAUGGAUGGAUGGAUGGAUGUAUCUUUUCCUGUCUUGCUUUUGAGUGGCCAUGUGGCUAGCUAGCUAGCUUUGCUGCUAUAUAUCUCUAUGAAUGUUUUACAGAGAAACUAUGUGUAAGUGACUGAAGACAAAAAAGGGGUCGAUUGGCUUGGAAAUAAUGAUGAUUGUUUAGUGAAC